AUGGCUGAUUUGGUGGAUCAGGUCCACCCUCUCAGGAUCUUUGACUUGGCAAAAGACCAGGGCAGAUUUCUCUACGCGUGCGCGCCCAUGGUCAGGUACAGCAAGGCAAGUACGCUGCCGCGGUUUGGCCAUCCCCAGCUUGCUUUCCGCCAAACCGUACACUCGUAUGGCACAGAUAUAUGUUGGACACCCAUGAUACUGGCCAAGGAGUUCAACCGAAAUGAGUUUGCCCGGGAUAGUGACUUCACCUUGUCCACCGCACCGCAGCCUCAACCGCCAACCAUUGUCCAGUUCGGCGCCAACGUGCCCCUCGAGCUGGCUCGCGCCUCCUCCCUCGUCGCUCCUUUUGUAGCGGGCGUGGAUCUCAACUGCGGCUGCCCGCAAUCGUGGGCCUGCGCCGAGACGCUCGGCGCCGCGCUCAUGGAGCGCCGUGAACUGGUCAGGGACAUGAUCGUCGAGACCAGGUCCCGUCUAGCCAGUGACGGCUGGGCCGUUGGCCUGGAGCGCGACAGGGACGAUUCUAAGGGGAGGAGCGUCAGCGUCAAGAUCAGGGUUCACAAGGAUCUGCGAAAAACAAUGGAUUUCAUAGACACAGUCAUCGGCGACCCCAACGCCCGCAACAUCGACUUUCUCACCAUUCACCCCCGCACGCGCGCGACCCCUUCUCGAGAGCCCAUCAACGUCGAGGCGCUCUCGAUCCUCGUAGAAAAGUACGGCGACGUGCUCCCCAUACUCGUGUCCGGCGACGUCUUCACGCUCGACACGCUCCCCUUCUCCUCGCCGUUCACCCCCGCUUCCGUCGAUACUGCUGCCGCUGGAGCCAGGGACGGCGCGAGCAGGCCGGCGAUACCCAAGCUCCGCGGCCUCAUGUCGGCUCGAGGCCUGCUGGCCAACCCCUCGCUGUUUGCGGGCACGCAGCGCUGCGGCUGGGACGUGGUGGAGCACUUCCUCAACCGCGUGACGCGCGCUCCGCUGCCCUUCAAGCUAGUGACGCACCACCUGACCGAGAUGACGGCGCCCGGGAUGGGGCCCGACAAGGAGAGCCUGCUCAGCAAGCGGGAGAGAAUCGAGAUGCUGGGGAACGAGGACAUGCUUGAUCUCAUCGACUGGCUGGACGUUAAGGUGGCCGAGAAGCGCGGUGGACUGGGGUUGAGACGGUGGAAUGAGGGUGAAGUUUGUUGA